AUGGAUGCGAUCGGAUUUUGCCAUUUAAGAAAUGCUAAAAAUCGCGGCUUAAUUUGGCGGAAAAUGAAACGGAAAUCGGAUAAUUCCCUUUCAUCGUUCAAAUUAACAAACGAACAGAAACAUUCGUUAAGUUAUAUAGCAUAUCCUGUUAAUUGUCCAGCUUGCUUUUAUCAAAAGCAGUUAUUACUGGAUUGUGUGCAAACGAAUACUCUCAUUGCACUACCAAAUGAAUUUGAUGCAUUUUUCGUUGCUUCAGUCUUAAUGUUGAAUUUUAAUCGGUUCUUUUUAUUUAUCUCAUUUGUUUUAAUUUUAGAAAAUGAAUUAGAAUGGUUUCCUAUGAAAAAAAUAUUAUUUAUUGGUUCAACAGCAGAAUCUAAUAGAAUUUUGUCGAAUCAUUUUGUUGAAAUCACUGGAUUUCGACCAAAUAAUAUAUUUGUUUCUUACGCGAAGAAAAAAUCUGCUAAUGUAGAGCAGUGGAACAACAGCGAAGUUAUUUUCAUCACAGCUGAAAAUCUAUUGGCAAGUAGCUUAGUUGAUGUUAACUUCGAGAAUGUUGGUUUAAUAGUUAUUGAUGAAGCACAUCGAGCAAUUACGGGGUCAAAUUCCGUCUGUGAAGUAGUUCGACGUCUACUUUUUGCUAAAGCUGUUUUUCGGAUCGUUGCGCUCACGAAUGAUCAUAUAGAUAAAACUGCUGUUUUGCAAUCAGUAGUAACAAAUUUACAAAUAGGUCUAAUUAGAACUCUCAGCCAUUUUAAAUAUGAAAUAUCAACAGUUUUUUCAUCUCCUCGAAUGCAAAAAAUUUACAUACCUGUAACAAAGGAAAUAUCAAUUUUAAGAGAUUCGUUAACUGCGGCAAUGAAACCUUUAGUAAAUAUUUUGGAGCAGAGUGGAGUUCUUUUUACCAGUGACAUUUCUAAACUUGCCAAUUUUUCCUUGCAUCCACUCAAAAAAAUUAUUGAAAUGAAAGCAAAUCAUUUAUCUGAUUUAUUCACUACUUUAUUUGAUUUUUUCGAAUUUCUUGACGUAUUAAUGUGUGAAGGCAUGAUCUCAUUAGCAUUUUGCUUGCUUGGUAAGCGUUUAAGGCAGAAUUCAACUCUUCGCUGCAUAAUAGAAGCAAAUGAACAAUUGCAAGGCUUCAUUUUGCAAUACAAAUCUUCAAAAAGCUUUUCAAUUAGCCAUAAAGUUGAACAUCUUAUUCAAAUCAUAACUGAUACUCAGUCUUUUCAUCGCGGCGAAAAAUCCAUUGUCGUUUUAUUAUUACGACAUCGAAUUUGUUUGGCGAACCAAAUUUCGAAAGCGCUCAUCGAUCAUUUCAAACAGAUUCCUGUUAAUGUUAUUAAUAGCGGGCUUAAUCCAAGAUUCGAUGAAAUUGAUUAUAAUCAAAUAAAAAAUGGAAUAUGCAAUGUCAUUAUAUUGUUAUGCGAUUCCAUAAAACUGCAUUCUUGUUGCGUUGCUGAUUGUUUGAUUUGUUUCGAUGAAGGUCUGUCAUGUGUUAAUUAUACUGGAAAUAUAUUGGUGAACAAUGAAGGACGAAUGUAUUCACUAUGUACUGCUCAGUAUGAAACGAAUUUAUAUAGCUUGGCUUCAAGUGAAAGCGCUAUAGAUUGUAUUCCAUUUGAAUGUAUAAAAGGUGCUCAGUUGUGCAUAGACAACCCAGCUAUUAUUCCUGAUGAUUUUAGUCCUAAUUUUGCUGAAUUUUGUGAUGAAAAGGACGAAAUUUCCUUUUUCCCAGCACUAGAUCGAUUAUCAUUCAAAAUGAAGUUGGACUUUAUUAAUCAUAGUCAGUUGUAUGCCAAACUAUCAAAGAUUUUGUUUUCAAAAGUGACAGUGAAAAAAAGGCAUUUUUUAAAUAAACCUUUUUUUAUUUUUAAGACGAUCAAUGAUUUAAUAUUAAUUGGGUGUAAAGAAAGCCUGCUAUGGCAAGAUACUCCUCAGCGUUUUGCAACAAUCGGCCACAGCUCAUCUACUUUAACGUUGACAAAAAUCGUUUCUGGAGAAGCAAAGAACAAGAUUCAAUGGCUCUGCAGCAAUCAUUCUAUGGAACUAAUACCAGAUAACUUUGAUGUUUCUGUGGCUUCUGUAGAAUUCGAUAAUAUUUCGGUGGCUUCAAUGGAAUUCGUAUGUGAUGAUGAAAAACCUGUUAGUUUGAUUAUUUAUGUUGGAAAUGAGAAAAUAAUGCAAUUAUUCCAUUAUCAAGAAGCAGAUGUGAUAAAUGCAGAUAAGAAAAAUUGA